AUGACUGUGGGAAAACCGCCUUCUAUUAACAAGCGUCCAAUGCUGACGGCUUCGCCUCCCGCGUUGCGACGCGCCACCUUCUUUGUGGCGGCCAUGAUGGCCUCUCUCCUCUUGCUCAGUGUGGCCGGCUCGGAGGAAGUCGUCGUCGGGGUGCUGGACGGCACCCGCAAACUGAAUGCGGGGGACAUCAAGGCAGGGUUCAGGGCGGGCGAGAAAAAUUUCAUCACACGCUGUGGCGACUUCGACACACACGGUGACAGGUUCAUCGUGGUACUAGAGAUGGGGAACUUCAGCGACUAUCUUGUUCCCAAGGCGGGCGUUACGCUCUGUGGCCUCCUCACCAACCCGACAGGGGCGCAAAGGUAUCUCUACGCCCCGCAGGACCCCCGCAAGGCCACGUGGGACGGCCACACCCUCCCCAUUGCGCCCUCCCGCUACACGACGGCGCUGGGCGGGUCCGCGGA